AUGGAGGAAGAAGAAAGAGAUGACGAAGAUGAAGAGUUGUCUAAUGAGAAGGAUAUUGUAAACAUUAUUCCUUUGUACGAUAAUACAAAUGGCUGCUCAGAAGUAUCCAAUAAGACAUGUGAUGUUUCGGAAGUCGGAGAUGAAGAUAUGGAAUUAGCCGAGAAUAAUGAUAAAGAAAUAGAUGGCAUUGAAGAUUUCCCGAAUGUAAUAACGGAGGCUGAUAUUAUAAUUCCGGCAUGCAGAGAUGAAGCUUUCGUUGUUGUAUGUUUUCAAGAUCGGUGGCUUGCUGUUGGUGGAAAAGAUGACCAGGCCGUUUUGUAUAGCUUGGAAAGUUUGGAACUGGUUUUGAGAAUUGAUGAACACAAAGAUAGUGUGAUAUGUGCACAAUUUAGUGUGAAAGGGCACUUGUUGGCCACUGGCGACAUGAGCGGUUUGAUUGUAAUAAGCAGCACCACACACCUAAGACGAUGUUUCUCGAUUGAUGAUUGCGAAGAGUUAUCGUGUAUACAAUGGCAUUCAUCUGCAGAUAUUUUGCUUGCUGGUGGUAAGAAUGGUAUUUGGAUGUGGCUUGUUACGACCGACACUGUUCGACAGACAAAGGUAUACAUAUUUGAUUCGCUUACCACAUCUGUCGAUGUCAAAUUGCUAAAUGAUGGAAAACGACUUCUUUCGUGCUAUGAGGAUGGUUCUGUAAGAUUAUGGUCUCUGAAAGAUCAAAAGUCGACUAGCAUUGUGACAGGGGCUGGAAGCGCUACAUGCCUGGAUAUUCAUUAUAAUUCACCUUUGGCAAUUAUUGGAGAUCUUGCGGCACGAUGUUAUUUAGUGAAUAUAGAAACCGCCAAGAUAUUAAGAAUAUUUACAGUGAUUGAAGGAGAUACGACUUCUGAAGUGUCAAUCGAAUGCGUGAACUUUUGUCCAGGAAAAGAGCCGUGGUUCGUCGUUGGCACUAAUUCUGGUCGCUUGGCAAUCUAUGAUUUUAGUGCCAGCACUUUACGUCACAUUCUCAAAGAUGAUACUGACUCAGUAGUUACCUGUCGGUGGUAUAUGACAGAUUUGAAUGAGAUGUAUAUUAUCAGUGCUGGUUACAGUGGCAUGGUUAAAAUGUGGAAUAGUCGAAACGGAUUACCACUCUUAGUAGUGCUGUCACAAAGUAUUGCUGCGGAAAGUUUUCAUUUACUAUCAAUGGAUUUAUCUAUGAAAGGACCGAUUUUAUAUACGACAUAUACUUCUGGACAGCUUUGCAGAUUUUCUGUAAACCGAUCAACAACAUUGGGUAUGGCUCUUCGAAGCACUCUGGAUGAAUUUGUGGAGGAUGGCACAAUCACGCCUUCUUUAGCUCAAACAGUACUGACAACUUUCGACAAAUGCAUUAACCGGGCAUUAUCUCAGCGAGUUAAAAACAAGGUUAAUUUCAAGGCUGACAAAUUGAAAGCAUAUCGAUUUUGUGAUAAUGUCUGGACAUUUGUAAUGGAAAAUGUCGAAUUCCGUGAUGUAACACAGCCGGUAGAUGGUGUUGUUGAUCGUGUAAAAAUAGUAGCAUGUGAUGCAAGUGCCGCAAAAUUAGCCAGCACCUAG